AUGUCAUUAACUUUAAGGUUUGGGGCCAGCAUAAACGAAUCCCUAUGGGGACUUAUUCCACGUCUCCCAAGGAUCGCCAUCCGUAUCAAUAACAACCCAUCUUCCAUUGGUCAUCAUGAACAUUCUCAUGAUCAUGUCCAAUGUGAUGAAAGAUUACGUGAAUUACAAGAACAACUCGAAAACGGAGAAGAGCCAUUCAUGAUAGAUAAUGGUACUAUUCUUAGAGCUGUUCCAAAGAAGAAAGUGUCUUAUACUAGAAAAAGAACGAAGUUAUAUGCUGCAGGAAGGAAACAAAUUCAACCAUUACAAAAUAUAGUUAGAUGUUCUGCUUGUGGUAGAGUUAAAAGAUCGCAUUUUAUGUGUAUGUAUUGUUUUGCUGAAAUUAGACAAUUCUUAAAGGGUAAGAAGAGAGAUGCUGGAUUAUUGAAGGAAGAACCAAAGGUACAAACUGAUUUAGACCCUAUUGAUGAAAGAAUUUUAUAUCCUGGUAAACGUGAAACUCAAUAUCAAUUACGUUUGAAAGAAAAGGAUUGGAUUCCUAGAAGAGAAGAAGCUCCAAUGUAUGAUAAAGCAUUUCUUGUUCAUAAAAAGAAGUAA